UAGUAGGUGUACCGUGCGCUAGAAGAUUACUGGCCCUGUCCACGAUGGACACUCACUCACUCGCAACCGUCCGUCGGUGAAUCCGUGUACGCACAUUGUGUGUUGUCAGUAUAGGCCGGGAUUUUAGAGCGUUUGCAUUGCACCGUGCGCCGGUCGUGCAAGCCGUCCUGUUCGCCUCAGGUCACUCAGCUCUUGAUUGCCGUGUCGUGUGCGCGUGUGUGUGUGAUAAAAAUUCGUGUGUGUGAGAGAAAGAGGAAGAGGGUUGUUUAGGUUUUUCGUGAGUGAACCAACAAGUGCGUGUGAGGUUGAUUUUUUUUCCGUUGAGUGUGAUCAAGUGUGCCACUGGCAGCAUUCGAUGGUGUGGCGACGUUGAGCAUUCGUUUGAUCGUGUACGGCUGUGGCGUGAAACAUACACACACAUCGAGUCAUGCAGCUCGUGAAUCGUGGCCAUCGCAGCAGCAGUACGGUCAGUGCCGACGGGCACCAGUUGCCAUCAACGACCGCGACGGACAUUGCACUGAUGCGAUGGUCUUCGCGCGGAUUCACGGCCAUCCCGGUUGAGCCGGACGAUGCCGCAUCCACCGGCGGCAGCAGUAGCAGCAGCAACAGCUCCUCCUCAACCGUGGGCUCCCUCGUGGCCACCUCCCACAAUGGGUCGGCUUCGGCUGGCGGUCCCUCGGCUGCCGGCGGUGGUUGUGGGGAAGCGCGAACCAUACAGUACCUGACCCUCGAUCACGCGGCGGCAGCUGGACAGUGUGGGAGCGGCAUGGGAGAUGCCGCCAACCGCUGGCGACGUGCCGCGCCCCAGCACAAAGGGCCGUGGCGUACGAAACAGCAGCGACACGGGAAAGGGACGUCAUCUUCGGCCUCCGCCUCGAUACAACCGUCGGUCGCGUCGUCCUCCUCCUGCCUGCGCGACUGUCUGCUGUGCCGAUGCUGUCGAAGUGCGAACAUGGACGAGCCGAAGGAAGUCAGCGAUCCGGAGGAGGGCAACUAUGAGUACUGUGAGCUGGAGGAGAUCGUGUCCCCGCCGAAGUACCGGCCGGAAUCGAUAGCGGCCCUGUGCGAGGCGACCCGUUUCACCGAGGCAGAAAUCAAGCGAAUCUACCGCGGCUUCAAGGCGGAGUGUCCGGCUGGCAUCAUACGGGAGGAAACGUUCAAGUUCAUCUACUCACAGUUCUUCCCACAAGGAGCCAAUACAGGAUUAUAUGCACACUACGUGUUCAAUACUUUAGACAAGGAGCAUACAGGUAUUCUUAGCUUCGAGAACUUUGUCCAGGGCCUGUCGAUACUGUCGCGGGGCACGCUGGAGGAGAAACUGUGCUGGACCUUCUCCCUGUACGACAUCAAUCACGAUGGCAAGAUAACGCGCGAAGAAAUGACGGACAUCGUGACGGCCAUCUACGAGCUGAUGGGUGCCCGGGAUGACGGUGGAACGGAUGAGGUUAACAUUAAGAACAAGGUGGACACUAUUUUCCAGAAGAUGGACACCAACCAGGACGGUGUGAUAACGAUCGAAGAGUUCCUCGACUGCUGCCGCAAGGAUCAGCUUAUCUCGAGCUCGAUGGGUGUGUUCGACUCGACCAUAUGACCGCUGGAAAGACUGUACACGCUGCCGGGCGGCUACGGGUUCGUGCCGGGCAUCAGCGAAGUGGACGCGGACGAGCUGCCGGGCAGUCAGGAAGGACCGAAGGACGACGGAAGCAACGAAAACUCGAACGAGAGCAGUCUGCAAACGGCAAGUAAGUGUGCAGUGUGAGAGUAGUUUGGGCACAGUUAGUGGCUCGGAAGUAUGCCACAGAGAGACACAUACACGUCCAAAAGGGAGAAGCGUACGGGGGAAUUGCAACACUUUGUAAGCAUCUUUUGUUUUGUGCAUCGGCAGAGUAAAAGAUUCUUGUUUAAUAGUUUUGUAAAAUUUUUGACCCCACAAUAAAUGAAGUAAGCUUCUGUUGAACAGAACUUUUUUUUUUAAA